AUGAUCAUCUUGCUUCAAACUGUGCAGCUCGAACGGGAUAAAACGGAAGACGAAGAAGAAGAAGAAGAAGAAAGAAGGAAAUGGCGAAUUGCAUCGCCUAUAUCUUCAGUUUCUCUCUCAGUUAAAAGAGACGGCAUAACUUCUCUCUCAUGGUCUUCUUCUUUACCUAAUCUUAAAAUUUCCGCCAAUACUUCUAUUCUAUCCGCUCCCACUCUCAAUCGAAACCAGGGCUUCGUCGUUCAAGCUGCUUGGACAAGGAGAUCUCGCAGUGAAGCAGAAAAAAAGCCGAAUCGAAAAUCAUGGAAGCAAAAGACAGAUAUGUACAUGAGACCGUUCUUACUAAACGUGUUUUUUUCGAAGCGAUUUGUGCAUGCUAAAGUGAUGCAUAGAGGUACAAGCAAAGUGGUUUCUGUCGCAACCACAAACGCAAGAGAUUUGAGGAACACAUUGCCUUCACUUAUAGACAAUAAUGCGUGUAAAGUUAUAGGUACUCUAAUUGCCGAGCGAUCUAAAGAAGCUGAUGUUUUUGCAAUGUCGUACGAGCUCAAGAAAAACGAGCGUGUUGAGGGCAGGCUUGCUAUUAUUCUUGAUACUAUACAAGAGAGUGGUAUCAUAUUUGUUCCCUGAUAUUUUUUUUCUUGUUUUUUUUUUUUUUUUGUUUUUUUUUUUUUUUUUGUAAUUUUGAAUUGAUGUUAAUUGUAGAAGCUGUUAUUUUCUGGGCUGGUAGAAGCGAGUAGGGUUCUUAUUUCAGGAAUUUUGUUUUCGAUUUUUUAUUGUUGUUGCAGUGUUGAAGAAUUGAAGUUCCUUAUUUAGUUAUCGGCAAUGUGAGAAUUGGAAAAUGAAUUCUUGUGUGUUAUGCCGAGUGAA